AUGACCAAUUCAUCAGCAGAGAAAAAACCUGCAUACCGUCAAUACCACCCUUAUCAGGACCUCCAAGUCCCCAUUGAAAACCUCUACAACCUACCCACCUCUCCUGAAUACCUCUUCCACGAAGAAGCCGCCGUUCAACGCCGUUCUUGGAGCGAAAAUCUCCAAUACUACACGGGUUCUGGCUACUUAGCCGGCGCAAUCACCGGCGGAAUAAAAGGAUCUUUUGAAGGCCUUAAAGCGGCUGAGCCGGGUGAUACUCUGAAGCUCCGUCUCAACCGCGUGCUGAAUUCAGGUGGUCAGACGGGCCGGAGAUUCGGUAACUCGCUCGGUGUUUUGGGUUUGAUCUUUUCUGGAUUGGAGAGUGGGAUUGUGCACUACAGGGGCACUGACGAUUUAUUGAAUAGUGUGAUGGCUGGGUUGGGCACUGGGGCCCUGUAUAGGGCUGCAAAAGGACCGAGGUCGGCGGCUAUAGCCGGAGUCUUUGGUGGGUUGGCGGCGGGAGUGGCGGUGGUGGGGAAGCAGGCGAUGAAGCGAUAUGUGCCGAUAUAG